AUGACAAAAACAGAUGAUAUCCCAAUUGUUUUCAUUGAAAAGAAAAACAUUCAAGAAAAGAUUCUUGAAAUUGAUGUAGAUAAAAAACAUAAAGAAAGAAUUGCAAAAUCUUACGAAUAUAUUGUUAAUGCAGAUAAAACAUGUAAAGAACACCUUUUACUUCAAGAAAUUUUGGAUCAAUGCUUUUUCAAACAAAAACAAUCAUAUAUGAAGAAUUGUAGACCAAUUGUUAUGGAAUAUUUAGAUAAAAUUUCAAAGAUGGACGAAUCUCGUUUUUAA